AUGCCUCUCGCCGAUCCAAGCACAAUUUGGCUGGACCUUUCUUCCGUUUGCCCGGGGUUCAGUCGCGGUCGUCUAGUGUUUGUGAAAGCAGAUGAUCAUGACCUUCGUCAGUUUUUUGAGUAUCCGUCUCUCUUCCCCCAAAUUUACCAGGCCAAUGAGUUUAUUUUGAAUAACCUGACUCUGUUAUUCAAAGCACAUCAUUGGUUCAUUGAGUUACUUGGGAGCAGAAGGCAUUCCAAGAUUGUGGUAGCAACGUUGGGGUACUCGCGCUUAUACGCCAGGUUUAGCUCGAUUUUUGAUAAAUUUCUCACCAAUCGGAAGCUUUACUUGGCCAGCAACGAAUGCCCCCAGUUUCUGCUGAAUGCGAAGCCCACACAGGUGUAUAUGUUGAGGAUCAUUGACGACACCCUCAAGUUUGGCAGGGUUGGAUCAUUACUCGGCGCCAACUAUCGUCUUGCGGACUGCAAAGAGAGAUGGCAGGACUUUUUGAAGGAGUUGAAAGCCACCGGAGAUAUGACCGUCGGGUAUAGUGACUCGGACUGGACAUCUGGGUCUGAGGAGGAGAGCGAUCUCGGUAGAGCUUCUUCUCCCGGUGACCCUGCCUCCGGUCCCGACCCCGGUCCAGGCUGGGAGGUUGAGCCGGCCACCCCCAAAGCCACCCGUAAUCGGCUUGUGCCUGGCGCGGGCAUCCUUGCCUUCGCCGACGGGUUAGCGGUCAACUUGCCGAUGAUGUUGCGACUGGUGAGGGAGUUUGAAGAAGCCGAUGAGCAGUGGAGAAGAUGCGGGGGACUCCGAUCACGAUAG